AUCCGUCACUGCCGCACCUGCGCGGCUGUAAAACCAGAAAGAGGAGAGGAGUCGGAAAGGCAGACGGACUUCAUUACACAAUAGAUCUUUAAAGGCAUCAAGGCCGACCUAUAAACAGAGUAAAAACUCACAAGUCCUUUUUUAAUUGCUUCUACGAGACUAAAAAUACUCGCUGAGAAUUUGCGGUCAGCCGGCGAGCACUAGGCGACCCAGGGCGCUUUAACCAGCUGGACAAACAAUAACAAUCUCUCUGGUGUCACAUCAUGAACCCUGAAUAUGACUACUUAUUUAAGCUUCUUUUGAUUGGAGAUUCUGGAGUUGGAAAAUCCUGCAUCCUCCUACGAUUUGCAGACGACACUUACACUGAGAGUUUCAUCAGCACAAUCGGAGUGGAUUUCAAAAUCCGAACUAUUGAGUUGGAUGGAAAAACGAUCAAACUCCAAAUCUGGGACACCGCUGGACAGGAGAGAUUCCGCACUAUUACGUCCAGUUACUACAGAGGAGCUCAUGGGAUCAUUGUUGUCUAUGAUGUUACCGACCAGGAAUCCUACAACAACGUGAAACAGUGGCUGAAGGAAAUCGAUCGCUAUGCAAGUGAGAAUGUCAACAAACUACUUGUAGGGAAUAAGUGUGAUCUCACUACAAAAAAAGUGGUGGACUACACAACAGCGAAGGAGUUUGCUGACUCUCUUGGCAUACCGUUCCUUGAAACAAGUGCCAAAAACGCCACAAAUGUGGAGCAGGCCUUCAUGACCAUGGCAGAAGAAAUAAAGAAGCGAAUGAGACCAGGAGCUUCGGGUGGUUCAGAGAAACCUGAUCUUAAGAUUGAAAGCACCCCAGUACAGCAGUCAGGUGGAGGGUGCUGUUAAAAUACUGAUAUAUUUCUCAGGGACAGUGAAGACCAUGAUGGGUUUUGAAGACUGGACAUUAUUGAGUAUUGUGUAGAGGUGGAAAAUCUGGAUAUACAUGACUGACUACUACAUGGUGCUCAAUAAAGUACAAAAUCAUCUGUUGUUUAAGUGUGCAAACAAUGUAAUAUUGACAAGGCUUGUUUCAUAUUUACUGUAGGCUGAUGUGUUUAAAAAUAAAACCGUCUCUGUCAUUAUCUGUCAAUAAUACCAAUUCAGGGCCUGUAGAUGAAAAAUGUCCAGAUCACUGUAUCAAUUCGUUCAUUUGACCGUUCAUAAAUUCUCCAUUAAGUAUCCAUAAAGUUGCAAUGUUCAGAGUUUUGGCACUGGUGCCUUGUUCAUGCUUUAAAAUAAGAUCUGUGAAGAGCGAUCAUUUAAGAUAUUGCACUUCGGCAUGACUUUCCAGCAAUUUCAUGUGAAGUUUUGCUAUAGUUCUCAAAAAUAAAUAAUGUUGUCUUCA